AUGAGUGAGACCAUAUACUGCCGGCACUUGAAAUCCAACGCCUCGCGUGCGCCAUCCGGUCACUGUCAUAGCGCGGAGACUUUUGCCUGCUCCCUCACGGGCCUGAGCCAUCCAUCUCUCUUUAACAGUCAGAGAACUGACUACGACCGGUCACCAGGAGGUUCCCCAACUGAUGGCCUACCGACGCUACGCUUGACACGGACGCUCGGUCAACGACACCAGACAGACAAGUGUUAG